GUCAUUGGCAAAUAAAAAUCCGAACGCCACAUCAACAGAGAGACAAAACAAGCGAGACACCCGGCACGGCAACAAGGCAAAGAGAAAAAGAGAAAGAAAGAGAGAGAGAGAGAGAGAGACCCUUGUUUACAACAGAGAGCUGGCGAUCAAAAAGCUAAGAGGGUGGCAGAAGAUCUGGUAGCUAAGAAAGGAGGUCUAGGAGACCAGCAGCAAACAGCGGAAGGCUGGUCAACUUGAAGAACGCAAAAGGGAGAAGAGGAGGAGGAGGAGGUGAAGGAGAAAAAUUGACGUUGAAGCCAGAAGCAGACCGGGGAAAGGAAGAGAGAACAGCUCUGUAGCAUCCGCUAGAACGUAGCCUGCUCCCGUCUUCCUCCCUUUCUGUUCUCCCAAUUUCGUCUAUAAGGAUUCCCCCCUUUCCUCCUCUUCUUGUUUCUCCCUUGCCUCUCAGAUUCCACUCCAGACCUGUAAACUUUUUUUUUAAACUGGGGCGGCGCAACCCCCUCCCCAGCUAAGCAGCUAACGAGCCGAUCCGCUGUCUGUCCCACGCCCCCUCCCUUGCUGCGGUUUCCUUUCGCCCAUCAAAGGAAGAAAGAGACAGAGACAGACAGAGACAGAGAGGGAAGGCGAUGCUUCAGGAGGAUUAACUACCACCCGCGAAACUUCUUGGAAGAAGAGCAGGAGAGAGAAAUCCUUCUUGAUCCAGAUCCACUAUUGUGCCGGGCGCCAGGAGUUGAAUGAGUGGCGAUGUGCAGCAAAGCGCUGGUAGCCCUCCUGGUUUAUGGGAUACUCAUGCACUGCAGCGUCUACUGCUCGCCUGCUGCCGGACUUCAGUUCCCCGCUCUAAGGUUGGAGGAUGAAGUGUACGACGAAGAGGGCAACACCCUGUCGGACUACGCCUUUGACGGCGAGCCCUUCGGGAUAGCAGACCCUUCCUCCAUGCUGGACGACGUCUACACGCUGUAUUACUCGCCGGAAAAGAGGCACGCGGAUGGGCUAUUCAAUAAAGCCUACAGGAAAGUGCUGGGCCAGCUCUCGGCGAGGAAGUACCUGCAUUCUCUGAUGGCCAAGCGGGUGGGCGGGGGGAGCGGCCUGGAGGACGACUCGGAACCGCUUUCCAAACGGCACUCGGACGGCAUCUUCACAGACAGCUACAGUCGCUACCGAAAACAAAUGGCUGUCAAGAAAUAUUUGGCAGCUGUCCUAGGGAAAAGGUAUAAACAAAGGGUUAAAAACAAAGGACGCCGAGUAGCCUAUUUGUAGCGAUGAGUUCCCAACCGCUCCUGUGUAUACAAGCACCCUGGGGAAAAAAAAAUUUAAAAAAAUUCCGAGAGAGGACCCACCCCCUUCCUAAAAAGUCAUUUCCAAACUGACUGAUCAGUCACCGCUCCUGUGUUACCUAAACAUGUAUUUAUGUAUGAAGUAAAGCCAUUAAAUGAAUAUUUUGAUAAUAAUAUCGUUUUUCUUUUGUACGAAAAAAAAAUUUAACCCCAAACAAAUUUAAGAAUAAGCACUAGAGAAACGCACAGAUCUACUUUGAGGACCAAUCUUUAAAAUGUAUAAUUAUUUCAAUUAGAAUUUAUAAAUGAUAGAACUAUCUCGACCGAGCAGGGAACAGAGAGGACCAAUUCUCCUUCAGUGGUUAGCAUUGCACAAAGAGACCAAGGACAUUCGCCUGAGCUGUUUUAUGUUUUUAUAUAAAAUAGAAGGGGAAAAAUAUAUAAGAGAGUGACAAUCAUUGUUUUGAAUAUUGCUCCUAUUUUUGUAACGGAAAUUAAAAGGAGAGUAUUUUUAUCCAUGACAGGGUUGAAGAAAUUAUUAUUCUCCAUUUGCUACUGUACAUAGACAAAAGAUGCCCUGCUACAGGGGGAUUCUGAGGCUAUAGAGUUGGGAGAAUUACUGACGCAGUUCCUUGCCCCGGUGAGUCUCCUCUCAGGCUCCUUU